GCAACCUGUCUGAAAGCUUGUUUCCUCUCCAGAUGAAGGUGUGGACUCUGCUAUGAGUCAGUGUGAGGACAGAGAGGAGGGAGUCCCUCCCCCUAAACCCCCUCUGUGGGGGGACCAUGACAGGCAGACCAAAGCUCAGAGCCCAGAGAAGCAGCACGGACCUGGACCUGGUCCUGGAUCCAGACCCGGAACUGGACCUGGACCCAGCUGUGUGUCCUUUAAGAGUGACGACUCAAAUAUAUUGUAUAUUAACUUCAAACAAAGAUAUGACAAUAAGAGGAGUCUGGAAGUACCUGAACCCAGCUGUGUGUCCAUGAAGAGUGACGGGUCUAUGGAUGAACCUUUUUGCUUCAAAGACGGACGCUCUGUUGAUCAAAGGAGGAAUCUGGAAGAACCUGAACCCAGCUGUGUGUCCAUGAAGAGUGACGGGUCUAUGGGUGAACCUUUAUGCUUCAAAGAUGGACGCCACUCUGUUGAUCAAAGUGUUUCCACUCCAGAUGAAGGUGUGGACUCUGCUAUGAGUCAGUGUGAGGACAGAGAGGAGGGAGUCUCUCCCCCUAAACCCCCUCUGUGUGGGGACCAUGACAGGCAGACCAAAGCUCAGAGCCCAGAGAAGCAGCACGGACAUGGACCUGGUCCUGGACCUGGACCCAGACCCAGACCCACACCUGGAUCUGGACCCAGUUGUGCGUCCUUCAAGAGUGAUGACUCAAAGGAGUUUUUUAUUGAUUUUAAACAAGGAUAUGACAAAAAGAAUCUGGAAGAACCUGAACCCAUCUGUGUGUCCAUGAAGAGUGACGGGUCUAUGAGUGAACCUUUGUGCUUCAAAAAUGGACGCCACUCUGUUGAUCAAAGAGUUGACCAGGAGACCUCAGGGGGUCCCAGUGGUCAGUCUGCCCAGAAGCAUCAAACCCACCUGGACUCCAUCUUUAUGCUGCUGGAGGACGACAUUGUCACUUUUGUGAAGAAUGAGCUGAAGAAGAUCCAGAAGGUUCUGAGUCCAGAUUACCCAGAAUACUUAGAGAGUCAGAGGGAGGAUGAGGAGGUUUUGGAGGGUGAGGAUGAAGAGCAGAGGAGGAGCAGCAGAGAGGCAUUUCUGAAGAUCACACUGCACUUCCUGAGGAGAAUGAAGCAGGAGGAGCUGGCUGACCGUCUGCAGAGCAGAAGUCAUUGUGGAGUUUGUAAACGUAAACUCAAAUCUAACCAGCAGAAGACGUUCCAGUGUGUUUUUGAGGGGAUUGCUAAAGCAGGAAACCCAACCCUUCUGAAUCAGAUGUUCACAGAGAUCUACCUCAUGGAGGGAGGGGCUGCAGAGGUCAAUGAUGAACAUGAGGUCAGACAGAUUGAAACAGCAUCCAGGAAACCAGACAGACCAGAAACAACAAUCAGACAAGAAGAAAUCUUUAAAGCCCCACCUGGAAGAGAUGAACCAAUCAGAACCGUGAUGACAACGGGAGUGGCCGGCAUCGGGAAAACAGUCUUAACACAGAAGUUCCCUUUGGACUGGGCUGAAGACAAAGCCAACCAGGACAUCCAGUUCAUAUUCCCAUUCACCUUCAGAGAGCUGAAUGUGCUGAAAGAGAGAAAGUUCAGCUUGGUGGAACUUGUUGAUUACUUCUUUAGUGAAACCAAAGAAGCAGGAAUCUGCCGGUUUGAAGAGGUCGUGUUCAUCUUUGACGGUCUGGAUGAGUGUCGACUUCCUCUGGACUUCCUCAACACUGAGAUCCUGACUGAUGUUACAGAGCCCACCUCAGUGGGUGUGCUGCUGACAAACCUCAUCAGGCGGAAUCUGCUUCCCUCUGCUCGUCUCUGGAUAACCACACGACCUGCAGCAGCCAAUCAGAUCCCUGCUGGGUGUGUUGACAUGGUGACAGAGGUCAGAGGGUUCACUGAUGCACAGAAGGAGGAGUACUUCAGGAAGAGAUUCAAAAAUGAGGAGCAGGCCAGCAGAACCAUCUCCCACAUCAAGAGAUCACGAAGCCUCCACAUCAUGUGCCACAUCCCAGUCUUCUGCUGGAUCACUGCUACAGUUCUGGAGGACGUGUUGAAGACCAGAGAGGGAGGAGAGCUGCCCAAGACCCUGACUGAGAUGUACAUCCACUUCCUGGUGGUUCAGUCCAAAGUGAAGAACAUCAAGUAUGAUGGAGGAGCUGAGACAGAUCCACACUGGAGUCCAGAGACCAGGAAGAUGAUGGAGUCUCUGGGAAAACUGGCUUUUGAGCAGCUGCAGAAAGGCAACCUGAUCUUCUAUGAAUCAGACCUGACAGAGUGUGGCAUCGAUAUCGCAGCAGCAUCAGUGGUCUCAGGAGUGUUCACACAGAUCUUUAAAGAGGAGAGAGGACUGUACCAGGACAAGGUGUUCAGCUUCGUCCAUCUGAGUGUUCAGGAGUUUCUGGCUGCUCUUCAUGUCCAUCUGACCUUCACCAACUCUGGAGUCAACCUGCUGGCAGAAGAACUAACAUCAUCAACACAGUUCUACCAGAGUGCUGUGGACAAGGCCUUACAGAGUCCUAAUGGACACCUGGACUUGUUCCUCCGCUUCCUCCUGGGUCUUUCACUAAAGACAAAUCAGACUCUCCUACGAGGUCUGCUGACACAGACAGGAAGUAGAUCAAAGACCAAUCAGGAAACAGUGGAGUACAUCAAGGAGAAGAUGGAUGAGGAUCUGUCUGCAGAGAGAAACAUCAAUCUGUUCCACUGUCUGAAUGAACUGAAUGAUCGUUCUCUAGUGGAGCAGAUCCAAUGGUACCUGAGAUCAGGAAGUCUCUCCACACACAAACUGUCUCCUGCUGAGUGGUCAGCUCUGGUCUUCAUCUUACUGUCAUCAGAAGAAGAUCUGGAUGUGUUUGACCUGAAGAAAUACUCUGCUUCAGAGGAGGCUCUUCUGAGGCUGCUGCCAGUGGCCAAAGCCUCCAAAAAAGCUCUGCUGAGUGGCUGUAACCUGUCAGAGAGAAGCUGUGAAGCUCUGUCCUCAGUUCUCAGCUCCCAGUCCUCUAGUCUGAGAGAGCUGGACCUGAGUAACAACAACCUGCAGGAUUCAGGAGGGAAGCUGAUCUCUGAUGGACUGAAGAGUCCACACUGCACAAUGGAGACUCUCAGGCUGAGUCUCUGUAACCUGUCAGAGAGAAGCUGUGAAGCUCUGUCCUCAGUUCUCAGCUCCCAGUCCUCUAGUCUGAGAGAGCUGGACCUGAGUAACAACAACCUGCAGGAUUCAGGAUUGAAGCUGAUCUCUGAUGGACUGAGGAGUCCACACUGCACACUGGAGACUCUCAAUCUGUCAGGCUGUCUGAUAUCAGAGGAAGGCUGUUCUUCUCUGGACUCAGCUCUGAGCUCCAACCCCUCCCAUCUGAGAGAACUGGACCUGAGCUACAACCAUCCAGGAGACUCAGGAGUGAAGCUGCUGUCAGCGGGACUGAAGGAUCCUCUCUGGACACUGGACACUCUCAGGGUGGAGCCUGCUGGAGUCAGAUGGUUGACACCAGGUCUGAGGAAAUAUUCCUGUGAACUCACAGUCGACACAAACACGGUGCACAGGAAACUCAAACUGUCUGACAACAACAGGAAGGUGAAAUUAGUGGAGGAGGAUCAGCCAUAUCCUGAUCAUCCAGAGAGGUUUGAUUCCUGGUGUCAUCCUCAGCUGCUGUGUAGAGAUGGUCUGACUGGUCGCUGUUACUGGGAGGUCGAGAGGAGAGGAGGGGUUGAGAUAUCAGUGAGUUACAGAGGAAUCAGAAGGAAAGGAAGCAGUGAUGACUGUUUGUUUGGAUGUAAUGAUCAUUCCUGGAGUCUGAGCUUCUCUGAUGGUCGUUACUCUGUCUGGCACAAUAACAGAGAAACAUUCAUCUCCGUCCCCCGUGUCUCUAACAGAGUAGCAGUGUAUGUGGACUGUCCUGCUGGCUCUCUGUCCUUCUACACAAUCUCCUCUGACUCACUGAUCCACCUCCACACCUUCAACACCUCAUUCACUCAGCCUCUCUAUCCUGGGUUUAGGUUCUGGUCUCCUGGCUCCUCAGUGUCUCUGUGUCCUCUGGAGGACUGAGAGUCUCCUCCUGUCUCUCACUGCUGAUCAGCUGAGUCUGGACAGGAUCACACUUCCAGAAAUAUGUCAGCUUAUUGUUAUGAACU